CACCCACCGCCUCACACACACAUUACAAACCAAACUUUUUCUGAUAUUAUAAAACUAUAUUCAAAAUAUUCCAAAAAAAUACUUUAAAAAAUUCCCAAAAAAAUAAAAUGAAAGGAGAAUACCGAGAAGAUAAAAAUUCUCACCCAACUUCCACAAUGUUCUCAAAAUUCCACCAGUCGCCGCCACCAUCACUACCGCAACAUUUUGGCCACCAGUUUCAACUCAGCAACACGUCAGAAGAAGCCGACAGCCGAAACAGCCCGACAAUUAAAAACAUAAAUGAUGGAGCAUCAAUUGAGGUUGUGAGACGACCAAGAGGUCGUCCGCCUGGAUCGAAAAACAAACCAAAACCACCCGUUAUUAUCACACGUGAACCCGACCCGGCUAUGGCUCCAUAUGUUCUUGAACUACCUGGAGGCACAGAUAUUGUUGAUGCUGUUGCGAAAUAUUGUAAAAAACGUAACAUGGGAUUAUGUGUUUUGACAGGUUCCGGGACAGUUACUAAUGUUUCGUUAAGACAACCGACUACCACCGCGGCUGCCACGGUGACGUUUCAUGGCCGGUUCGACAUCCUUUCGAUAUCGGCUACUGUCCUCCCUUCUAUAUCUGCGGGUGCGGCCCCGUUUGCGAAAGGUUUCACGAUUUCGUUAGCGGGGCCGCAAGGGCAGAUAGUGGGAGGAGCUGUAGCCGGUCCGCUUAUAUCUGGGGGACCGGUAUAUAUUAUAGCUGCUUCUUUUAAUAAUCCUAUGUACCACCGGUUACCGUCUGAAGAUGACGAAACCGGUGGUGGGAGUGGGUCACGUGGGGGAAGUGAACGGUCUCCGUCAGCUGAAACAGCUGGUAGGGACAGUAGUGGUGGACAUCAUCAUCUCCCACUGUCAACGGCGGGAGAUACGAUGCCCAUGUAUAGCUCCCACUUGCCUUCUGAUGUUAUUUGGGCACCUACGGCUCGGCAAGCUCCACUUCACCCACCGCCAUAUUGAGAAAAUUUGUGCUUUUUUUUUCUUAGUGAUUUCGAGGUAUUUUCUUGGUUUUUCAUUAGGGUUUUUGAGUAGUUUUUAAUCCUUGUUAAUCACUCCGAAUUAUGUGUACUUUUUCAUUGCUAUUUUGUAGCUUUUAAUUAACCAAGAAAAAAACACAGUAAUCCUUCUCUUA